AUGCAACGAGUCGCUGUAUUAUCAGUUGUUAUUGUUCUUAUGGGUGUUUUUGUUGUUAAUGGUAAUCCAACUUUAACAAGACCUAGUAAUGAUAUCGCGGUUCCACAGUUACGAAAAAGUCCCAAUAUGUUCCAGCAGGCUUUAAUUAAUCAAUUACUAAAUCAGUUUGUUCCACUCGACGUACAAGCCGAAAUUAAAGAUGUUGCUGCUAUAUUUGGUUUCCAACGCAAUGACUUUCUAUUCGAAUGUUUACAACAAUUACAAAAAUUAGAAAAAUAUGCAAAAUAUAAUUUGGUUUCAUUAAUAAAAAAAGCUAUUAAAUUUGCUGAAGAGAAACUAUCACGUGAACAACAAAAACAAUUGGAACAAUUGGAGCAGUCAGGUAUUGAAUUGGGUAAAAUAAUAUUUUCAGGUAGAAUAAAAGAAGAAGAACUAAACCAGUUGUAUGAUUUGGUAAUGAAAGCCGUUCGAGAUCAGAUUGAUGGUCAAGGAUUUACUGAUCAAUUACCAAAACUAAUCAAUGGAAUUUUACAACAACACAUGUUAGAUGACAUCAUCAUUGGUUGA